AUGAAUAUCGAAGUGAAGGAUUUGCCUACAAAGAAUAUUAAUUUAAAUGGAGUGGAGGAAAUCAAUGAAAUUGGAGUAAAUAGCACUGGAAAUUUGCUCGCAGUACUUCACACUUCAUCGGGCAAUGUUUUUGUUGAUAUUUUUGAUAUCCGUAAAUUGUGUUGCUCAUCGGAUACAAAGACAAUUUCAAAAAUUCGUGUUGGAACAGAUCCGGUAAAUCGAGGAAGUGCUUUUGAAUGGAAUCCGGCGAUCUCAGAAAUGUUUGCAGUUAGCAGUACAGAUCGAUCACUUUUAGUUGUGAAAAUUGAUCCAAGCGAUCCAAACAAGCAGACGGUCAUCGGCGCAAAAAAGUUGGGAGCCGUUGUGACGGCGAUUAGUUGGAGUCCAAAAGGAAAACAACUGACGAUAGGUGAUUCGUGUGGAAAAAUGGUGCAAUUGAAGCCUGAACUCGAAAUAGUGCGCACUGUUCAGUCGCCAGGAGAAUCUGGGCAAUAUUUUCAAGUCACUGGUCUCUGCUGGCUGGCAACAACUGAAUGGCUAAUCUCAUAUUCAAAAGAUAGUAAUGCAACCGCACAAGAUGUCUUCAUUAUGACAUGCAAGAAAGAUAAGCCAACUGAUUGGAAACAGCUCAGCGAGUUAAGCUACGCCAACGCGAAAUCGCAUCUAUAUGGUUCGCUUCUCACUUCGACACAGCUUCUAGUGGAUUGGAAUGUAGUGCUCGUUGGAAAUAGUCGAAUAAGCCAAAUCGUUCCUGUUGGCAAAGCUAAAGAUGAGUGGCAAACUUGGACGGUAGACGAUGGAAAAGAUAUAUACCUUCCUGUAUCAUCUACCGGUGCUGAUUCGUUUCCAAUUGGAAUUUCGAUCGAUCGAUCCGCUACGGAUCAAGUGCCAUUAAAUUUCGAUCGAUCGCAAAUGCACAGACCCUCACCUGUCGUGCUCUGUUUAACUAGUGAUGGUGUCUUAACAGCACAUCACAUUAUUUCGAGUAAUCCAAGUCAUACAGAUGUUCAAAUAAAGGCUGAAGAACUGCAAUUUCAAGGAUUGCACGUUUCCGCCGUCACUUCCCAAGCACCAGCAACUCCUGCUUUCGUCGAUGUAGCUGUGACGAGUUCAUCCAGUAUACCCGCUCCUCUUACUCCUUCCUCAUUUCUUGGUGCACCAUUGAAUACUCCCAAAACAUCAUCGACUCCUACUCCAGCAGUUGCUACACCACCACCUCCAGCGACUCCAAAUUUAGUUUCAUCGACUCCUGUGAAAAAUGAAGAGGACGAUAAAAAGUUGCAAGAGAAAAAGGAAAAAUUAAUUGGUGUUAUUUCGACAAUCAACACUUCAAUGAAAGAAAGCUCAAUUGAAUUGGGAAAACUAACAUUUGCGACGCAAAAUGUCCAAAAAUCAGUGACGGAAUGCUCUGAAGUAGUUAAAAGCUCAAUAUGCGACACUGAGGAAGUAGUAUUUGAACUCAAAUCGCUUCUAAGAAAUAUUGAAGAAACUGCAGUGAGAACAAAACAGGCAAUCAAAGACAUGGAUUUUGAGAUCGAAGAAAAGAGCGAGUUUGUCGCGGAGUUGACGGAUCCUGAGAAAAUUCUGGAAACCCUACGCGAUAUUUCCGAGACUGAAAAAGUUGUUCGGUUCAACAAAUUAGAAACGGCUGCCGACUUCCUCGUGCAAAAGUUCAUCGAAUGCGAUUCAUUGUUGAAAUCGUUGAAAAAUACGCUCGCCGAUCGCGAAACCUCGUUGAAACAAACUGUAUUGUCACCGCUUCGCUUCCAAAAUGAUGCAAAUCGAUUUGAUAACGCUGCCGAGGAGCAAACGGCUCUAAAAGUGAUGAGGAACAUAUCUAGGAUCAUUUUGGACAUUCGCGAAAAGCUACAGAGAAAUGAAAUGGAAUAUGCAACGCUUGCGAAGCUUACAAAAUUUGGAGAGAAACAAACAUCAUUCCCAAUAAAUAGUACAAAUAGCGCUCAAAAAGUGGCACACUACCAGAUAUUCAAUUCAACGCUUAGCAAUGGAAAUUCAAACAGCGAUAUAAUUGAUGCACGAAGGGCACUUGCCGAACGAAUGUCGAAACGUGGUCCUGUGAAAACGAAAAAUGUCGCAGUUAAAUCUUAUCAUCAACUUGUCAAGCACACUAAGAAGCCUGAUAUGGAUACUACGGAUUUGGCUAGUGCACUUUUGAAGAUGAGCACGACUCCAAGAAGAGUUAUGAAUACUUCAAUUUUUGCCACAUCUACUCCAUCCGGUAAAUGUGACGCCACGACGCAAGCCACUGAAGAACCUAUUGUCAAAACAGUCGUAGUUACUGUAGAAACUCCGGCGCCUAACCCUCCAGCUUCACCGGUUACCGUAUCAACCUCUACACCAAAACCGACUCUAACGACAACACAAAUAACUGGAACUCCCAUCUUUUCUGGUGGGUCAUUAUUUGGAGUAAAGAAACUUGAACCAUCGCCAAUGGCGAAAAAAGAGCCUGCAAAGGUUUUUGAACCUGAAACUCUAAAACAGCCUGAAACUAAACCCGCUGAAGAACCAAAGGAGUCGGUAACGAAAGUAAAAGAAGAGCCAAAGGAGUCUGAAAAGAAGCCGGAUAAAGAUGAACAUGCAGAGAAGCCAGUGAAAGAACCAGAUGAGAUACCUAAGAAAAAUGAAGAAGUUACAAAAGAAAUUGAAAGAAAGGACGUUAAAGCCGAAGAGAAGGCAAAUCAGCCUGAAGAAGUGAUUGACGUUGUUAAUGAGGAUCCGAAACCAGACGAGACAAUUUCUCAACCAGAAAAACUGAAGAUUGAAGAAACAAAUGCGGAACCAAUAACUGAGAAAAAAAAUGAGCCUGCAAUCAAUUUUUCGUUUUCAACACCAACUACAUCCGCAGGGAAGACGUCGUCAAUUUUUGGUGGCAAUUCAUCAACUAGUGGAAGUAGUAGCCUGUUUGGUGGAGGAAUUGCCGCGUCAUCGAAGUCGUCGCAGUUUGGAAGUUUUGGGCAAAAAACAGAAAAUGCUGCCGCGACCGGCACUAGCGCCGUCAAUUUUUCUUUCAAUACCGCAAAACCAACAACAACGACUGGAAAUGGAUUUGGAGCCGCUUUUGGAGGGGCAGCAAAACCUGCAUUUGGUGUCACAGAAAAUGCAAAGCCUGCUGUUGAUGAAGGUAUGGAAGACGAUGGAAUGGUGGCAUCCAAUUCUUCAACGUUCGGUGGCUUCAUGAGUGGGUUAGGCUCAAAGUCGUCUGCAAACUCGACAAACAGUAUCUUUGGAAGUGCUGCGUCGAAUAAUUCGGGAAACACGUCGAACAGCUGGAUUUUUGGAAAAGGGCAGCAACAGCAGCAAAAUGCCAAGCCUGCAACAUUUUCAUUCGCAAAUGCUGCAGCUAAAGCGUCUUCACAAUCCCCGCAGCAAUCAGCAUCAUCAAUUUUUGGUGGCGGUCCGAAAUUUGGUGCAGCACCAUCAUUCGGCGCAAAACCAACGUUUGUUGGAUCUCCGGCAUCUGGCGGCGGUGGGCUGAGCAAAAAUGCGUCGAUUUUCGGCGGUGCUACCGGUCAAACUGGCGGCGGUUUUGCUCAAUUUGCUACGGGAGGCGGAUCGGCUUUUGGUGGAGGAGUGCAAUCAGCUAGCUCAUCCAUAUUUGGCGGGGGAUCCAAUGCUCAACCUGCAUCAUCAACAUCAUCGAUUUUUGGAGGUGGUGCUCCUCAGAAGACUUCAAUUGCGCCUUAUAUUAUGUCAAUGAACUACAAGAAAGAGCUUGAAAAUUAUGAGAAGAAUGUUGAACAUCAUGUUGAAAAGAUUGACAGGCAACUCGACGAGCAGCUGGCUGAAUUGGGGCAAAAAUUUAGAAAUAAGUCCGAAUUGCUCAAAACGCUGGAAUAUGAGAAUAAAAUAACGGAAGAAGCGAAUAAUCAAAUGAGAAUGAGACUAGAAUCGUUGACUAAAGAAGUGAAUAGUUUUGAUAGAGAUCUUAGAGAUAGCGAGGAUAAAUUAAAGGCAACCGAACGACAGAUCAUGGAUUUAAAAGCGAAAUUGCCUGGAAAAUUGAAAACGAUUGAGGAACUAAAGAGCGAGCUUAAUGAAAAACGAAGAAAUAUAACUGAGAAAACUCAAACAAUUUCAAAUUAUCGCAUUAAUCAAACCGAGCAAGCGAUGAAAAAUCGGUUGGAAAAAGCUAGGAAAAAAAUGGAAACGGUAAAACAGAAAAAAGACGCGCAGGAUAAAAAAAUUGCAAGGCUUCGGGAUGAUAUUGCCAAAAGUGAAAAGAGUUAUGAUAAAAUAGAGAAUAAAAUCCGAGAUGAAAUCAAAAGACAGUUUGAAAAUGAAUCGAAGAAAAAUGAAAUAGAAAGACGCAUAAGAAUAUUUGAAGCAGAAAAUUUUGGCCUAGACGACGAGUUUCAGAAAUUGCUUAUCAGACUUAAUCAAAACGACAGCGAGCAAGAAAUGGAUGAAGAUAAACGAAUUAAUGAACUUGAGAUUUUAUUGUUGAAAGGAGAACGAUAUUUAAAGAAGCUAGUCGAAAAGAGAAAUGAAAUCAAAGCAUUAUUAAAUUCGCCGGAUAAUAUUGUGAAGACAUCCGAUUUGGAGCUGGAAUUGGACUUGGUUGAGAAACCGAUGGAAUCUGGUGCAAAUAGUAAUCUCGAAAAACGUCAUAGCAGAAAGGCUUGGAAGGAAAUGGAACAAUUAAAGCGAGCCAUCAUCCAGUACAAAAGAGAAUACGAAGCCCUGAAUGCAUCGCGAAAACGAUUGACUGAGGAAAAAGAGAAACUUGAAAAAGACUUGGAGGACGAACAGAAAAACGCAAAUAAUGCCGCAUUCGAGUUGAAGAAUGCCGAGAAUAUUCGAGUAUUUGAGAUUAACGAAGAAAGCCGCAAAUUGAAACCUUCAAUUCUUAUUGAAACGAUUAAUGAGAAAAACGAAAAAAUAGCAGCAGAAAAAAAGAAGAAUUUCGCAGAAAGGAACGAAAAACUGCGAGAAGAAAAUCAAUUGCGAAGAGUAGAAAUUGAAAAUUUGAAGCGAAAGAUUGAAAACUUGGAGAGAAAGCUACAAUCAUUCAGCCAUCAGGACUUGAUAGAAUACGAAAAUUUAAAAAGUGCGAAAGCUGGUGACUUACGGCAUCUCAAACGGCAGUACCACGAUGGAGUCAUGACUUUAAAUUUAUUACACAAGAAGCUAAAGAAUCGCGUAUUACAGCGAGAAGCUGCUUUGACAAAAGCGAAUAGUGUCGUUCAUUUAGCUACUAAUAUUAGAAAUGAUCGGAAUAGAGAAAUAGAAGAGCUGCAAAAGGAUAUUUAUGGGAUCGAAUCGAAAUCUAGCGCGAAUUAA